AUGGAUGCCAAUAGGCCUAACUUUCAAGCUGAUCGUCCCACACAACUCACAGAUUUGCCGAACGAAGUGAUUGAUCGAAUCUGCGAGUACCUCGUUGUUGCCCAGUCGCAGCUGAAGCCAUUCAGACGUUCCGAAAUCAAGAGCAUAAGAAGUGCGCUGAAAAUCGAGGGGUGGGACAGUUUCGGCUUCAUUGCGGGAAUCGAUCGGUGCACCGGCGUGUUCAGAUGGCUUGAUUGGUUUGGAACUGUGGUUCCUGCUGGUACUGAUGCGAUGUAUUUCGGAGUCCUCACACAGCCAAGCAGAGCGAGGACCAAAUCCAAAAAUAGCCUUGCCAAAUUUGCAGCCACCUGCCAACGAUUCAGCAGCCAUGCCAGGACACUGUACGCGCGACGGACCUUCACCCUGACGAUCAGUAACAGCGGAAUCACUUUUGAAGGUCUUCGUGACGCCUCUCCUCUGCAAACAUUCUCCGUCUUACCGAAAGAUCAGGCAUCACUUCGGCCUGGUGCGGCCAUGAUUGAUCCUGCCAGCCGCCGCAUUGUCAAGGUUCCGAAGAAUACUCUUCCUGGCAAUAUCGCGUUUGGCUGCUUCUCCAAGGUGUUCAAGAGUUUGCGACUACUGCAGAUACAUGUCAAUGUUGAUUUGGCCUCGGAACGGAACCAAAAAACUAAAUUCUUCUUGGGCCAGCUUGGAGGCUUCCUUGUCUCCCAUCCUCGUGACAGCAUCUCACUGUCAACCCUGGAGGUCAUCGUGAAUCUGGGCUUUUACGAGCUUAAAGAAUAUGCUGCGGCUAUGAUUCACUAUCCGUUUGGUUUCGACUUUUUUCCAGAAGUCGUCGCAUUUUCCAGACGCGGUAUUGACGUCCAGGGUACUUCCAUCUCCGAAGCUGCUGUACCGGAGGUAUCGACCACACUAGCGACUUUGAAUAGGUACGUGCAGCAAUUCCUUACCAAACAGGGGGUUGGCUGGGAGAGAGGUCCCACCGGGCCAGACGUGGGCUCUCUGAAGACCAAGACUGUUAUCCGCGGAGACGGCACAGAGUGGAUGCACUGGGGCAAGAAGCAUAAGCUUUUCUUGUCGGCCAACACUUACGAAUUUGGAACCUUCAACCACUUCUGCGACCUCCUUCAGCGUCAGCUGUAUGGCUCCAGUCCUACUGCAGAGAACAGUUAUGUCGAUGGCGUGCCUUUUGUCUGCAACCUCGGACUCCCCUUGCCCCAAGUGCCGACAGCAAGACCGAUGAUUGCAACCAAGGGUCGAAAACGGGCUCCUACCAGUGAACGGAAUUCUGGCGGACUCGAUCUCAAGAACUCCAAGAAACGACGGCUUGGAUAG